AUGCAACCAGUGAAUUCAACACAGAAACGUGGUCAUCCACUAGAUGAAAGCGGAGGUUCGAUCAGCAACGGAAGAGGUCUCCGUAAAUAUCCUCGAAGGGGUAUUGACAAUAAUGCACAUAAGCACUCACAUAAUGUACAACCAGAAAUUAAUUUACAAACACAGCAACCAUCGUCUUCGAUGUCGUCAGAUGUAAGACAACAUCAAGAGAUAAAUCAAGAUAAUACGAAUCGUAAACGAAUUUCUUUUAAUCAACUGAAGCACGCGGUAUCGUCUAAUUUACCAUGUUUCUUUAUUGAAUUCACCUCGGAUGCGGAUUGUAAUAGCAUUCCAACAGCUCUUCAUGCAAGUGAUCUUAUACUGAAAGAACUGCAAACCAAUGGUGUUUUAAUCAAUAGAUUUACAUUAGUAGGAUGGGCAGGAAAAAAGCUAAAGUUAGGUGUUAAUAAUAAAGAAGAUUACGCUACUCUCGUCAGUUCGGAUAAAUGGCCAACAAAGAUAAAUGGAAUUGAUAUUGUGGUCGUGAAACCAAAAUAUAUACCUGACUCAUUCGCUCUCGUCGUCCGUUAUGUACCUAGGGAAUUAGAUGAAAAUUUUGUUUCAAAUGAAAUUCAGCGAACAAUUGCUUCUGCAGAUCGUAUUAAACGUAUUCAUUAUUCAUACCAAAGAAGAACAGAUGAUUAUCGAUUCGAAGUGAAAGAUUAUGGUGAAUAUAAUGCUGUGUUGCAACUGGGUCGAAUUGCAAUAGGUCAUUCGUGGUUAUCGAUCACCAAAUUUUAUCCGGGAAAUCGUUUAACUUACUGGACGAAAUGUUGGCGUAUUGGUCAUUUAAGGAACAAAUGCAACUCAGAAAGCAAAUGUCGUAUUUGUCUUGAAAGUCUGAAUGUCAAUACUCCGCAUAUGUGUAAAAAUGUACCGAAAUGUGCUCAAUGUGAUGGAGAUCAUCAUUCGUUGGAUAGUCAAUGUCAAGUUUUAAAAGAAUAUAAAGAUCAAUUAAAGGAAGAUGUCGAAGAUGCCAUACAAAAAGGACUAUUACAGCGAUUCUCACCGCAAGAGAAAGCACCUACAUUUGAACGUCGAGAGCAAGAUUUUCCACCAUUAGCAGCAAGUGAUAAUAAUUCUAAUAAAAAAUGGAAUACUGCGCUACCACGUACAACUGUUGAAUCGAAUAAUUUACGAGCAUCAUAUACUGAUAAAACAAUUGAAUCCAUCAAUGAUAAUCUGACAAAACUAAUUGAUAGUAACAAACGGCUUGAAAAUAAAGUUGAUCUAGUAUCAUCAAGUAUAAAAACCGUUACUCUCGAUAUUCAGCUACAUCAAGCAGUCUUAGCAGAUACUAUCAAUAUGAUGAAAGACUUCAUGCAAUAUGUUAUACCAGCAUCGUUAACUGCUAGCAAAAUUGAAAGAUCAUCUCCUAUAGAUGAAGCUAUGCACCGGCUGAAAACUUGGAAUUUUGCACCUAAAGAUCAGAAAUUAGUAUUAUCUCUUUUAGAUGAAUGGUACAUGGGUAGAACCUUGAACACAGUCUUAGAACAAUGGGGAAAUGCUGGAAUAGCUCCUUCACAAAUCCAAAAAGAACAUAUUAAGUUCCUAUGUUACAAUGUCGAAGGUUGGGGUACGCGUGUGCUUGAAGCUAUUGAUUUAGUGUAUCAAAUUCAAGCUUCUAUUGGUAUAUUUACAGAAGUUGGAGAGUUAUGGAACAUGAGUCGAUUACCACAUUUUAACACGUUCUAUCAAAAGGGUACUAACAAGAAUGGAGGAGUAUGUAUAGCAGUAGGGAAGCAUCUGAAAGCGACGCGCAUCAAGGUUAACAUUCCGAACACAGUUGUCAUUGAUAUAACAGGUCUAUCAGAAUCAGUACGUAUCAUUGGUAUUUACUGGUCCACUAGUCAACAGCGUGAUCUUGAUGAUAUCUUGUCUUAUGUCGUAGAAGGUACCAUACUAUCAGGUGACCUUAAUGCAACAGUCAAGGAAUGGAAUAGUCCAAUAACUGAUAGGAGAGGUGCGCACGUGAAAGAAUGGAUUAAUGAAAAUAAUCUCAAUUACAUUCCAUCAACGUCCAACUCAUCUAAGCGCUCUCUACGUAAUAUAGAUUUGUCGUUCUCUAAUAUGAGUACUAUUUCAAGCGAAACAUUGUUUUUUGGCACUAGUGAUCAUUGGCCGAUUGUGUUAUCGUGUGAGAACAUUUUUUUCGAUAUAAACAGUUUUUUUCCUCAUACAAAUCGGAAGGCAUUUGAAGCAGUAAUAACGCUAUUACAAACAUUCUGGAUGAGAGAACAAAAAAAAAUAGUGCUGAUGAGUGGUACAAACAAUAUAUUCGUUUCAUCGCGGCUGUCAAAAAUAGAGUGACUCAUUGAAAAGAGAGAGAUAAAUAUAAACCAUCAUUACCGGAGUAUAUCAUCGAAAAAUUAAAAGAAAUACGAAAAGUGAGAAAUAGAUAUUAUUAUUUAAGACAUAAGGGAGUUUUUAAUGAGGAAGCGAGGGUGCUACUACGUACAAUGACGAGAGAGACCAAAGUUGAAGUUGCUAAAUACAAAAAUGCUCAAUGGCAAAAUGUUUUGGUUAACAUUCAAACGUCUUACGAUAAAUCAGAUAAAGCGUUUUGGACACACUUAUCUCGCAUUCACAAAUCGCGUACGCUGCCUUUUUAUAAACUUUCGGAUGGCUCUAAAAUAAUAUCAACUCAACAAGAAAUUACAAACGAACUAUAUCAGUAUUACAGUGAACAGUUUAAAGCAUCUGCUCUGGAUUGUUAUAAUGCACAUGAAACUCAUUUAGACAUUGAAUAUAAAGAGUUGUUAAAUAAAUUAAUAAUCUCAAAAGAUAAAGUCGAAAAAACUAGUGUUUGUGAAAUCUCACGAUUAAUUAAAACGUUAAAGCCUAAGAAGUCAGCAGGUUUUGAUUUUGUGUCAAACUUCAUAAUUAAAAAACUUCCUCCAAGUUACAUCGAGUGC